AUGCACAAAGACUUUGACGAGGCUGAUAUUCCCGUAUCAGCCUUGGCACGACGACCAAGACUUGCAUCGGCAGUGCUGCGCUCGCUGGCAGCAGCAGGUACGUCUUGGAGCCUGUUGCGCCAGUUGCGGGAGGAGCAGAUGGAGGCGGAUGUGGUGCAUUUCUCUUGCAUGAUUUCUUCGGAUUGGUGCCAAGCUCUCUGGCUGCUUGCAGCCGCGGCAGCCACAAAUAUUUCGCCAAAUGCGAUCUUCAACACACGCGUGGUGAAGGUUUGUGCACCUGCCGACUGGCUGUCUGCGGUACAGCUUCUGGGUGCGUCGGUUCAGCGUGACACUGUACUCAUGAACUGCGCCAUGACAGCUUUUGAGCCACAUGGCCGGUGGUGGCUAGCGCUUUCGCAUUUGCAAGUGCGUUCUGCCAUGUCCUUGACGCCUGAUGCAGUGGCCAUCAACACGGCGAUAAGUUCCUGCCCGCGAAGCGUGUGGUCCAUUGCCCUGCAUCUUUUUGAAGGCUCCAUCGGAGAUGUCGUAGCGAUCUCCUCGACUGUCGCUGCAGCGGAAUGGGUUUUGGCAACGUGGCUUCUGAGCAAGAUGAGGCCGGACGCGCUGCUGCCGAACGUCGUGUGCUUCAAUGCCACCUUGCAGGCCACAGACGUCUCAGGCUUGGGCGCACCAUGGCAGCGAGCUGCGCGCCUCGUGAGCUCGAUGCCGGACUUGGAAUUGCUGCCGGAUGUCAUCAGCUUUACCUCCUUGCUGCGUGCCUGUGAGAGAGAAGGCCGAUGGCGUCUGGCGCUCUCCGUGUUGUGCGUCAUGCGCCAGGUCGCGGUUCUUCCCAGCACGGUGACCUACGGAUGCCUUCUCAAUGCCUGCGAAUUCGCUGGCGCUUGGCAAACUGCCUUCUUGUUGUUGGAGGAGAUGAUGACAGCGUCGCUGCGGUUGAAUAUCGUUAUCUGCAACACUCUCAUCAGCACUUGUGAGAAAGCAUGCCAAUGGCAAUCAGCACUGGCCCUCCUCUUCAAUACGCAGCAAUCUCAGGUGCAGCCGGACGUGGUCGGAAUGAAUGCAUCGUUGAGUGCAUGCGGAUGUACAGGUGCCUGGGCUUCGUCGCUGGAUCUGCUGCGCAGAAUUGAUGGACCAGCUCGCACCAGCGUGAGUUUCGCAGGCUCGGUGGCUGCCUGUGCCGCUGGCCGUCAAUGGGCGUGGACGGUGCGCCUGCUCGUGGCGACGAUGGAUAAUGCUUUGGCUCCCGAUGUCAACAGCUUUGGCGCUGCUGUGGAGGCUUGCAGUGGACUGGGCCAUGAUUUCUGGCCCGUGGCAUUUCUCGAUGAAUUGCAGCUCAUGGUACAGAGAGUUUUGGGAGAAGCUCUGGCUUGGAAGUCGGAGCCGCGCGUGGUGACCGCAGUGUUGAGCGCUUUGGCCAAGGUUCAGCGCUGGGAUGUCGCUACGCGAGUUUUGCAGGUGAUGCGCAGCUGCACGGUCGAGACCAAUGUGUUUCACUUCAGUUCUGCCGUUGCUGCCUGCGAGAAGGGGAAAGCAUGGCAUCUGGCGAUAGAUAUUCUUGAAGGCAUGUCUCAGGUUGGGAUCUUGCCGAACGAGGUGACUUUCAAUAGUGCCAUCGGCGCAUGUGAAGGCUCGUCGUGGGCGACAGCAAUACACCUGCUCGAUGGGAUGCACGGGGUACUGAGCGGCAGCAAGACCAGCUGCAACGUAUGCAUGAAUGCCUGCUGGCGGGUGUGGCACGUGGCACUCAGCUUUCUCAGGUCAAUGGCAGAAUACGGGGUUCUGGCAGAUGUGGUCAGCUGCAGCUGCGCUAUUCAUGCCGGGAGCCCCUGGGAUGUAGCCUUUCAUCUCCUUGGGCAGACGGCAAGCGAUCCGAUUGCAUUCAGUGCGGCCUUGGCGACUCGGGGACCCUGGGUUUACGCUCUGGAGCUCUUCGAAAAUCUCCGUUUCCUCCGACUUCGGCUCGAUGCCGUGCUCUGCCACCACGUAGCAACCGCCUGCCGAGAGACCGGAAGCAGGGUUGGCAGUUGGCUGCAUGCCGUGCACAUCUGCCACUCCAUGAGCGACAUGGCCCUCCUGAAAAAUGCGGUCACUUACAACUGUUCCAUGGUCGCUUGUGCGGAUGGUGGAGACUCUCAGCUGGCAGCAAGGCUUCUUCAACAGAUGCUGAAGGCUCAUCUUCGGGCCAGUCUAUUCAGCUACAACAGCCUGGUCUUUGCCCACCAGAAAUGCGCUGCCUGGGAGAAGUCAAUGGACCUGCUGGCAGAGAUCUCGCAGGUUUCCAUCCAGGCAAAUGCGAUGAGCUUCUCUAGUGCCGGUCGCUGGACGGUGUCUCUGGAGCUGCUGAAGCACAUGCAUUCCAAGCAGUUGAGGAGGGAUUCCGUCAACUGGAGCCUGGCGGCAGCCAGCUGUGAUCAGGUCUCUGCCUGGAAGUCAGCACUGCGACUGUGUCAAGGAGGACCUGCUGCGGAGAUCUGCAGCGCUGCAAUCACUUCGUGUGAGAAGCAAAGUCGCUGGAGGCAUGCGGUGGAACUCCUCCGGCUCACAGAGUCGGACAUGAUCAGUUUUGGAGCUGCGAUCGCUGCCUGCACAAAUGCUGUCCGACAACGGUCCAUCUUUUCUUGGGGACGACAACGUAUGGCGCAAAGCUGA